CCAUAUAAAGAAUUUGCACGCGACUGAACUGAACUCAACUUGGGCUGGCUGAGCUCUAUCCAAUUAUAUAUACCAAUAAAUAUAUAUAUAUAUAUAUAAAUAACUGAGGAAUAUUAAUAUUAUUUGCUGUGAAGAUGAUUGAACGACGAAUUUUGGUGAUUUUAUUAGUCAGUGUGGUUACAAUACAGGCACACUUUCCGGAAUAUUGUGCUGAAUGUGAACAGGAAGUGUGGGAGCAAGUGCCAUGUAGUGAUGUACCCACAACAACCACAGAUAGCACAGUAACAACAACUACUAUCCCGAUUACAACAACCACGAGUAGACCAGCACCAAUCACGACUACGACAAGUAGAACAACAACAACAACAACACCAUUCUAUCCCACGUAUACGACACCGAGUCCCUUGCCCUAUACCACUCCUUCUGCGUAUAAGAAAUGCUAUUGCGAGUGCAAGCAAGGAUGCAAGGAAUUCUGUCGCAAGGUAACCGUUUCGGACCCCAAGAAGCAGAUAACACAAAUCUCUUCCACGGGUGACUAUGCGCCUGGAGGUCAAUUGGAAUUUACACAUAUCCAUCAAAGGAAAUACUUCCCCAAAUAUCAGAAAUAUGGCAACAACUAUGGCAACGGUGCGAAUAGUGUGGUUAAUGUCCCAAAACCCUAUCCCUUAGUCUACAAUGAACCAGCUGUGGCUCCAGCUCCAGCUCCAGCUCCAGCUCCAGCAUUGCCAGCUGCCCCCAAUCAUGCGCCCAACUACACGCUCGAGGAAUUGGCCAAUUUGUUGAGCACAGCUUAUGGUGGUAGCGGUGGUGGUACCAGAAAAGAUUAUCCAGCUCCCAGCGCAAAUCAUGCUCCUAACUAUACGCUCGAAGAGUUGGCUCACCUUUUGAGCACAGCCUAUGGCAGCAGAAAGGGGUAUCCAGUCAAACCUCAAGCCAAGCCAUCGGUUUACUAUUCACCUGUUUAUAAACUUCAACCGGUUCAACAGAUUAAGAGCCAAGCGGUCCCCGUUCGUGGUCAAUUGGCUACGGCAGCUGCAGCUACCUCGGGUGGUCUAGCCAUAGCCAAGGCCAAGACGCCCUAUGAUGAGAAAAUAUCGGUGGCCACUUCGGGGCCCAUAUACGAAAGUUCCACUCCUCCUUACCCACAUUUAGAGGAGCCCAAAUUGUAUUCACACACCGAAUCGCCAUAUCCUCAAAUACCUAGCCAAACAAUCUCCUACACCGAAUCAUAUCCCAGUCAUACCGAAACCUAUACUGAAUCUUAUACCGAAUCCUAUCCUAGUCAAACACAAGCCUAUCCCACACAAACUGAGAGCUAUUCCAUACCAAUACCCGAAGAACCUCAAGCACAGUCCAAGGCCUAUGCUGGAGGAGAACCUAAUCCAAAUAAGCCAUCAUCCACAUUUGACUUGGCCAUUGAUAACUAUCUGAAAGAUUUCGGUUAUGGCAAUCAAGUAAGGGGCUAUGGGGACUAUUAGGAUGGAGAAUAAAAACCGUUUCAGUGUUCAGUUGUUGUUAGGUUUAAGCUAUUUAGUUAAAUGCCAUGCCUAAAAUUUGUUUAAAUUAUUUGUUUCUGUUACCUUAUAAAUAAUUAAAUUAUUAUAAAAAAAA